AUGGCCUUCCGUACAAUACUUUGGCUGAGGCCAAAAUACAAUCAUCUCCACAUCUGUGAAGGCCAUCUUGUUUCUCGCGAGUAUCCAAGCAAUCUCAUAUGUUGCCUUUGUCGUUUUCUCUGCAACAGUGCUAGAUCCUUCCAUCAUUUGUUGUUGUCUUUUGAGGUGUCCUUUGAGCUGUCCUUUGAGGUGUCCUUUGAGCUGUCCUUUGAGGUGUCCUUUGAGGUGUCCUUUGAGCUGUCCUUUGAGGUGUCCUUUGAGGUGUCCUUUGAGCUGUCCUUUGAGGUGUCCUUUGAGCUGUCCUUUGAGGUGUCCUUUGAGGUGUCCUUUGAGCUGUCCUUUGAGGUGUCCUUUGAGGUGUCCUUUGAGGUGUCCUUUGAGGUGUCCUUUGAGCUGUCCUUUGAGGUGUCCUUUGAGGUGUCCUUUGAGGUGUCCUUUGAGGUGUCCUUUGAGGUGUCCUUUGAAGUGUCCUUUGAGCUGUCCUUUGAGCUGUCCUUUGAGGUGUCCUUUGAAGUGUCCUUUGAGGUGUCCUUUGAGGUGUCCUUUGAGCUGUCCUUUGAGCUGUCCUUUGAGGUGUCCUUUGAGGUGUCCUUUGAAGUGUCCUUUGAGGUGUCCUUUGAGGUGUCCUUUGAAGUGUCCUUUGAGCUGUCCUUUGAGCUGUCCUUUGAGGUGUCCUUUGAGCUCUCCUUUGAGGUGUCCUUUGAGGUGUCCUUUGAAGUGUCCUUUGAGCUGUCCUUUGAGCUGUCCUUUGAGGUGUCCUUUGAGGUGUCCUUUGAGCUGUCCUUUGAGCUGUCCUUUGAGCUGUCCUUUGAGGUGUCCUUUGAGGUGUCCUUUGAGCUGUCCUUUGAGGUGUCCUUUGAAGUGUCCUUUGAGCUGUCCUUUGAGGUGUCCUUUGAGGUGUCCUUUGAGGUGUCCUUUGAGCUGUCCUUUGAGGUGUCCUUUGAGGUGUCCUUUGAGGUGCGAAAUUGAGUUGUUUCUGAGGUUGCUUUGUGGCAGAUAUGUUUUGUGAAAGUGGGCAUGGUGUGACUGGAAAUGACGCUCUAAAUUUGCUCAUUUAAAACAAUUGACUGCCUUCUAGCAAAUAAGACAAUGUGAGCAAGUCCCAUCAUGCAGUACACAAAAUACUUGUCUGUCCAUUUCUCUUCAAACUUUCUGUGUUCUGCUUGAAUCGACGGUAUCCUUCUCUUUGCCACCGGAGCCACGUUAACUAGCUGCAUUUCCCUGCAGCCAUCUUCCUGGUUCUCCUGGUUCUCCUGGUUCUCCAGUGGUUGUUUGUUCAUAACUGUCAAGUUGUCCUCCAGCUCGUCCCCCUCAUAUUCAUUCUCAAUAGAUUUACGUUCUUUUUUAAAAUAAUGAAUCGAUGCUAGUAGCAAACUGAUAUGUGUCGGUCGCUGAAGCUGAGCAGUUGCGUUCUAUUUCGGUAAACCUUCUAUUAGGCCUUUCUGUUCAACAGCUACGCUGUACUGUCAUCUAUCUGCCGUCCAGGGAACAAUAGAUAUAUUAAAAGAAGUGAUUCAGGCCUGCAUUAAACACAUUGAAUUUAAAAUGUAUCAUUGUUAUGUAUUAUGAAUGUGAAAAUAGGAAAAUCACCACAAGCCUCAAAUGAAGGGCCGUAUGAGUACCACUGUUCGAAAAUAACUGUGUCCACAGGGGAUUGUGACCGGCUCCUUCAGUAGAUCCAGACAGAAAGAACAACAACAGAGCUGGUCCUGGUUCAGCAGACAUCCUUGUUGAGCCAUUUGGA